AUGAGAUACCCUGUGGAUGUGGACGGGGAGCCUGGUUUAGUUUUUACGGAACCAGAGAUGUCGACGGCUGCAGAGGAUUUUCGGUUUGCUAUUGUUCUGAAGUUUGUGCGGAUGAGGCCUACGAUUGAUGAUGUACGAUUGGCGAUUAUUAAGUCAUGGGGUUUACUGGAGAUUCCGACGGUGAGUGUGAUGGAUGACUAUCACGUUUUGGUGAAGAUGCAGACUGAAAGGGAUUUCAUGCAUGCUUGGGCACGAAAGGGUCGGUUGAUUGCUGGAUCGGUUUUUCGAUUAUUUCGAUGGACGAAGGAUUUUGAUUUGUGGAAAGAAUCAACGCUAGCGCCCCAGUGGAUUUUUCUGCCAGGAUUGCCUCUUCAUAUGUAUCGGGCGGAUUUUCUGCAAAUUCUAGCAACAAGGUUUGGACGGUUUUUGGGGAUUGAUAAUGCUACGCUGCAUAGAACCAGAGUGUCGGGGGCUCAAAUGUGUGUGGAAAUAGAUAUGACAGAUGAACCGGUUCAACGUUUUCCUAUUGUAAUGGGUAACAAAAAAAUUUGGCAGGAGGUUUGGUCUGAAAGACCUGGAUUCUAUUGCACCAAGUGCUGUCGUCAGGGUCAUACGACAGUUGUAUGUCGAGCUAGUGAAGAGGUUGUGCGUAAGGGACGUGAUGUGGCAAAAGGGGUGGGGAGAAAAAUAUGGCAAGAGAUUCCUAAACAGAAGAGCUUGCAGGCGGUUCCAGGAGAUGGGUUGAAGGAAGUCCAGAAGGAAGAUGGGGUUGCAAUGGAAGUAGUGAAUAGGAAAGAGGUAGUAGUUCCUAGGGAGGAAACAAAGACAAUUUUUAGAGGAGAGCGAGUGAAUAUUGACAUGAAAAUGGUGGAGGAGCCCUGUGAGGAGGAGGAGGUGGUAGAGCAACCUUCAAUCCAAAUGCUGCGGGAGGUUGAGGUUGUUCGGGGGGUUGGUUCUGAUAUGGACUUGAUUCUAGUUUAUGCUUAUAAAUCACCGCGUAGUGGGGGUCAUGGUCAAGCUAAGAUGGUCUCUGCGGUGCUUGAUAUGGAGUGUCAUCUACAGCCGGUUAUAGUAGAAGAGCCACCAGAUUCGUAUGGUACUGAUGUGGAAGCGAAUGUUCUUGAUUUGGCCAAAAAUAAAGGAUAUGAUUCUGACUCUGUUUCGCAACAGGGUGAAGAUAAACUUCAGCGUUUAGUUAGUUCAUUGGGUUUUGAUGGUUUUUAUUCUAACGAGGGUGCAGGGGGCAAAAUCUCGAUUUUGUGGAGAGCUCCAUAUGAUUUUGAGGUUGUUAGUGUGUCAACGCAAAUGGUUACGGGGUGGUUUGUGUUUGAUGGGACACGAACGUUGGUUUCUUUCGUUUACGCUAAAUGUACUCAGCUGGAUCGAAGAGAGUUAUGGGAGCAGCUGGUUGGUUGUAGGGCUACUGAAGAUCCAUGGAUUGUUAUGGGGGAUUUUAACAUUAUACGAGAGGACCGGGAACGUGUGGGGGGUUGUCCCCGAGCUGCUCAAGCUAUGGAUGAUUUUAAUUUGUGUAUUGAUCAAUGUGGUCUAGUGGAGCUAAAUUAUCAUGGUAAUCCUCUCUCAUGGUGUAAUGGGCAGGAGGGGGUUUCACGAAAGUGGGCGAGGCUUGACCGCGUGCUUAUGAAUAUGGCCUUCUCGGAUCGUUUUAAUUUGGCGCAGAUGGAGUAUAUUAAACGCAAGACAUUGGACCAUAGUCCUAUGGUGAUUCGUUUAAUCCUUGUUAAUACUAGGUACGGGCCUUCUCCGUUCCGGUUCCAAAAAAUGUGGUGUUCUCAUGGUUCAUUUCAAAAGUUGGUAGAGGAGACAUGGAAACAGCCUACGGUGGGAUCGGGAAUGGUUAAACUGGCUGCAAAAUUGAAGCGACUUAAGAUGGGGCUGAGGAUAUGGAAUAAAUCGGUGUCUGGGAGAGUGGAUACUAAUAUACAGGAGCUUGAAGCGAGGAUGGCAGUACUGGAAGCCCAAUUGCAGUCCGGUUUCUCGGAAGAAAUUGAAGCCGAGUAUAUUGUCACUAAAUUGGAGAUUGAUAUUUGGGAGAAGAGGGAGGAGAGUCGUCUAGCCCAAUUAGCAACGAACAAGUGGUUAAAAGAAGGUGAUCAGAAUUCCAAGUUUUUCCAUGCGGUUGUAUCACACAUAGGCGUGGUUCGGUUAUUUCGCAUAUGA